AUGAAGAUACUAAAGAAACGGUCAGGGAUGGCCACUCUCAAAUUUACAAGCGUCAUAGUUUGGGUUGUUUUAUUUGGACAUGGAACCCCUGAGAAGACAGGAGGUAACAAGGUGGACCAUAGAGAAGCUAUUCUGAAAGAGAUCAUCUCAGCAUGGAGUAAAGGAAGUUGGUUGAAUCCACACGGGUCCCCUUCAGAAACAGAAAAGGACCAGUCUGUGCAGACUUGGGUAGGAAAUAUUGUGGGAAGCUUAAAAAGCCUUUUCCCCAGCAAGAAUCUAGCUUCAUUAGGCAAGCCGAUAGACCGGCAUCGUCUCUCUGGCUUCCUCUACAACAUCUCUCUGUACCUCCAAGAAAUGGGCGCUGAGCUGGAGGAUGUGCCCCCAGAACCAGAUGACGAGCAGCUGUGGGAGAAGGUGUUGCAUUUCUUUCUCCAGUCUGAAGGAAACGCUGCUUUCAACCAGUGGAAUGGCCACGUGCCUCCUCGACCCAGUGUGAAAGUGCAGGACUGGUUUCUGUCUCUGAGGGGCAGCCCACACUGGGACUGGCUGCUGGGGCUGUUGCAGAGUGUCAUUACUCUGUCCGAGCGUCAGCCCCACAAGUCCCUCUUGGCCUUUUUAUCUCAAAACUGGAGGACACUGAGCGCUGUGCUUGAAACUGCACUUCAGGCUAUGGUCAGUGGCACUUAUGGUCAGGCCAGUGCAGGCCUGCAGGGCUUCAUCUGUGCUCUGAAAGGUCGUAAUGAUUGUACGUUCAAUGUUAGCUGGCUCCAAAAGCUGGUGCAAUUUUUAGAGACCCGCAACUGGAAGCCUGUGGUCAGUUUACACCCUGCAGGAGAUGCUGUUGGGCACAAUAAGGGCUCAUUUGGACGUUUCAAGCCGUUCAGCUUGCCUCCUGAGGCUAUGCCGCAGGAUGGGCUCUCUGCAAACGCAUCCACAGAAGAUGUUACGGCCAUGGAGGACGAGCCGGACUCCAUACAGAACUUCCUGCUCCAGGUUUUGUCCCGUUCAGGUGGAGGGGAGCGUGGAGGUCAUUUGGCACAGAAAAACUUAGCUCUUGUGCAGAGUUUGGAUGGGUUUAGGCGGGGCCUGGUGCACAGGGUGGGGAGCUCUGUCUAUGAUAAUCUCAGAAAGAAAGUUUCAAGAGUUACCAUGGUGAUGCUUGAUGAUGUCAGCAGCUUGGUGGAUGCGCCACAGACCAACACACAAGCCAGAUGCUCUGUUGGGGACCUGAGACAUCUGAUCCUCUGGGGGAUAAGGCAUGAUAUGAUGUGGAACGCUCAGGCUUUGGGUGUCAGCUCUCAAGGCCUUCCAGACUCACUUCCUUUUAUGUCAUGCCUCUCCACGGAGGGAGAUAAGCUGCAAUCGCAACUAACACCAGCCCAAUCACCCCUAAAAUCAGCUCCCUAUUCACAAAGAAUGUUAACACAAAAACACCUUCCCAAACACACCGCCGCACCUCAUACGCAAUUAAGAGUGGGUGAACCCAAGCAGAAAGAGAUGGAGUACUCUACAUCUACAGAAAUCCUGGAGGCGGCAUGUAAUGAAUCCAUCCCAGGCUUGACGGGAGUCUCUAACUUCACUGUGUUCCUCUAUUGUAAACUGUUUGAAGGGGAGAAUGGAUCAGUUAAUCCCACAAUGGCUCACAUGGGGCUUGACCUGCAUGAUGCAUGCUCUGAUGCUGCGUGGUAUCUCUCUGCCGCUGAGGACGACUUCUUCUGGGUCCAUGUCUGCAGUGAGUUCUUUGCUCAUGAAUUCAACAACACGGUGUGUGCCAACUCCUCGUUUUGGCUGCAGAGAGCGCAUCAGGCAGCGGUGUCAAAGGAAUAUAAGGAAUACAUGUUCCUUAACCGGAUAAGUAUUGAUGACCUGUGCAUGCAGCUUUCGGAAGAGGCAACAGCGAGUCCAGUGCUCAGUUAUGACUGUCUGACUCAGUUGGGCAGCAGGUCUCUUAGUGCUGAAGCUUUCAGACACUGUUUCCUGCCUAACAACUCAGUCUUAAUGUCGGCUCUGUGUAGCAAAGCACCGUUUGACUCAGAGCAGCUACAGGUCAGCUGGGCAGCAGCCUAUUGCUCUAAGAUGCAGAACGUCUCCCAUGUGGACACUGCUAUGGAGAGUUGUCAGUACAGGAAGUGGACGGUGCAACAUUUCCUCAACUCCACCCUCUUGGAGCUCUGUGGACAGACACAUGGGCUAAAGGAGCACAUUUGUCUCAACACCGCACUCUACCAUCAGCUGUUAAGACUGAAGCCCCAGUUUGCCGAUGUCUGUGCAGAUCUAAAGGCAGAACAGGAAAGCAAAAAGUGCUUCCUGCAAAAGUUUUUUGAGAUGCUGCCAGCACCGUAUGAGUUUGACACAUCACAGUUGUGCGUGGAUCCAGCCCCACUGCUGGUGGACGUCCUACACAAGCUGAGUGUGUGUGAGGUGGAGGUAGGAGAGCGGGAGGGUUUUUUAGUAUCCCUGGGAUACGUGUUGCGUGUCUUAGACUUCAUAGUGGGGCUCUCGUCAGGGCUGGAUGAAGGGGAAAGAGAGGCUAGACAAGGUCUUGGUCAAGCCAUCCUCCUCUCCAGUCUACUCGACAACACAUCCUGGGCUGCACUGCAGACAGACGCCUCCACGAGUGUCCUUCACACAGUGGGUGUCUUCCUGAGCAGAGAGCAGAACGCCACUCUGAAAGAAGACCUGCUGAGCUGCUUCAGCCCUGUCCUCUGGGAUCUCAUCCAGCAGAAUGACAACUCAUCCACGCUCAGGGUUUUGCUGCAGGAGUACCUCCAGAUGCCAAGAGACAGCAUUCGAACUCUGGUCAUGUCUGCAGAGAAAGAUGCUGUUAAGAGAUUCCUCUCCCAUAUCCAUCAAAGCUGGGACCAGCUUCAAGUUGAAACCAGUCAGGUCUCUCAACAAGAGUUACAGGCCAUAGAAACAAUGACUGCUGCUUUCAUUCAUAAGUUUCCCCGAGUGACCCCAGAGCUCUUUGUGGACCUUUCCCAGUUCAUACCCUUCAUGUCCGUCUCUGACAUAUUGAGCUUCCCAGCCUCCCUGAUCGUCAAUGACAGUGUGUUGACAGCUAUUCGUGACCACAGCUCAGGGAUGAAGUCUCUGCAGAAAAAGGCCUUUGUAAAACGACUGCUGCAGUCAAGUGUGGUGGGUGACGUUCCUACGUGGCCGCCAUACUUCCUCAGCUCCAUCCUCCCACUUCUUCCCUUCCUUCCAGUCAGUCAUUUUCAGCAGCUGACAUCACAACAGCUAAAUCCUCUGGUGGAGUUGCUAGGCAACAGCAGUCUAGAUGGUGUGAGGGGCCGCCAUGUGCUUCGGACCCUGUUCAGUAAGAGGAAGAAUCUCACUGGUUAUGACAUAACAAGGUUAGGGGUGCUUGCAUGCUACCUGGAUCCAGCGGAUUUGGGUUCAUAUCUCCAGGACUCAGCUGUGUCCUCGGCUCUCUGGCUGCAGCUGUCUCAGUGCACGUCCAAGGGGCUCAUCAGUGGUAGUGGCAGGCUGUCAGCUUGGCUGAUACCAGCAGUUCAGACCCUGAACAUCAGCAGCAGGGCUUCUUCUGAGCUGUCAGCUCUCAGUGGCCUGCUGCCUCAGUUAGGAGCUUCCUUCCUGCUGUCUCUCCCGUCACAACAACUCCUGGAAGUCCUGUCACAGCAGGGGAUGCACCGAUAUUCUCCAUCUCAGGCAUUUCAAAUAUUAUCCAAGAUUUCAAAGGACACCAAUCUCACCGUAGAAAAACUGUGCAGGCUGGAGCCGUUACACGAUGGCCUGUCCCCUGCUGCGCUCAGAGACCUCCGGUGGUCUGAGAUCAGUGAAGCCGCCCACUGCCCGUGUUGGAAAACACUGCUAACUGAACUGAAGCCUGGUCAAAGAGCCAUGCUAUACACUGCUCUGCAGGAGGCACUACAGAGAGACUCGGGGAAUGUCACUCAAGCUAGCUGUUUGCUUCCUUUUGUGCCCUUGAGGAAGCUGAUACAAGCCAUGAAUAGUGAAACCAUUUGGAGAGGCAUCAGCACGUACAGAGACAUACUCUGGUCACCCCAGCAGGCUCAAUUUCUAUUCAAUAAGAUCUAUGAAUUUGAAAAUGUUACCAUAAAAUCAGUAAGGGAUCUGGGUCAUAUUGCCAGUGGAAUGAGCUGUGACUUCCUGAGGCGUUGGACCAAUGACACAGGUUUUACAGAGCUGCUUCAGUUUGCGAGCAAACUUUCUGGAGGCCCAAGACCUGCUCUGAGAAAAUGUAUGGUGGAGGAACUGAGGAAACAAACUGGAUUCAACCUCAAUACUUUAAGUCCUGGGUUUGCUGCAACACUCCCAGUGACAAUGAUAGAAGACCUCUCUAAUGCAUCCAUCAGAGCGGUUGUGGACUACACUCAGAGAAACUUUGUUGAAUUCAUCAGACUGCCGCAUUAUAAGCAGACAAAUUUAGCAGAAAAGGCCAUAACUGAGGUGGGCUCUUCUCUGGCAGAGGAGCUGAUUGAUGGCGCCCUUGUGGACGUCCUGGGGCCUCUGCUGCCAUUCUUGGACAGAGACAGCUUGGCUCUGGUGGACAGAGGAGCGCUGGCUCUGCGGCUGGAGGAGAUGAGAAAUUACUGCCUUCCCGGAGAGUCUCUGAGAGAUUUUAGUGAUAUACUCACUCAGAAAGAUCUGCUUGGAGAUCCAUCCAAAUGGCAGGUUGGAGAUGUGGAGCAUUUGGGCAGACUGGUGUUUGCUCUCACAACAAAGAGGAUUAGCUCCAUCCCACAAGCUGUGUUGAAUAAGAAUAUAGUGGAGCAGGUCCUGGUGGGCCAAAAGCGCUGGGAGGACAGUGCAGUUGGCAAAGUGUGUAUUAGUCGGUGUGUGGAUCAGCAUCACCACAGACAGCAGACCCAAAGUCUCAUUAGAGGGAUCGUCAAAGCACAGAGCAGGAGGGCAAAAGUGCCAGUACCAAGGUGUGCAGACAUCAGGGGGACAUUUCCUUCAGCCUGGACGCCCACUCAGCUCAGUCAGAUGUCCCUUGAGGAGCUGAAAGAGUGUGUGGAGGUGUUUGGUCAGGAUUCCUCGCUCAGCCCUGGGCAGAGACGGUCCCUGUGGACCAGACUCAGGCAGGCCCUCAGUCCAGUGAGGGAGCUGAGAGCGGAUCAGGUGCUGGCACUGGGCUCGGUGGUGACAGAGAUGGGAGACAGAGAGCUGCAGGACACCAAUAUCACUGAUGUGGGAGUGUUGGCACAUCUUGGCACGCUGACAGACUGGAGCGCUCGAAAGAUGAGGGCAGUGGUCCUGAGUGUGAUCUGGAAACACAGAAUGAAACUGGAGCAGCUGGCGGUUGCUGACCUGGCGUCGCUGGGCCAUCUCAUCUGCGGUUUGCACCCCUCGGAGAUCAAAAAGCUGAGCCCCUACAACCUCAGCGUUGCGAUUCAGUUCCUCCGGGAGACGUCCCUGCCGUGCACAGAGCAGCAGAUGGAGGCGUUGACAAGCUGUUUGUCGAGACCAGAGGCCUUCGGCCCAGUCAGUGCUUGGGGACCAGAGAUUUUCACUGAAAUUGGGACAUUGGCAGCGGGCCUGCCUGACAUAGUGCUGUCAGCUCUGCUGCCGGAGCAGGUGGAGGGAAUCACCCCUCAAGCUGUCGCCCGGUUGCCACCGAAAAAGAUGGCGGUGGUGUUCAGCUCAGUCCAGUUGUCGUGGCUGAGCGUGGAGCAGGCGUGGGCUGUCACACAGGAGCAGUGGGCAGAGCUGGACACAGAGCAGAGGCACGCUGUUGGACUAGCUCGGUAUGAGGGAGACGUCUUGAUGGAGCUCCGAGGGAGAAACUGGGCUCCAGCAGUUGUGAAUAGGGACAGUCUCACUUUACACUCUCUGGCUCUUUGUCUCUUGGUACGGCAACUGAUAUGAAAUGCUGGGAAAACAUUUAAUUUUCCCUUUAACCCCCCUUGGUAUCAGAUUUGUACAUCAAAUAAAUAC